GCUGCCAGCUGAGUGCUGCUCGUCCAGACGUCGCGCGGCUCGUGCCAGCGGUUUGGCGCAAUUAAUGAAUAGCAAUGCCAAUUUUUGAUGCAGUUCUGCGCUGUGGCUGGCAAGCACACAGCAAAAAAAAGACAGGCUGCGCUCGAGCUAGCGGCCUGUAAGACACUAGCCUCGCAGACCUGUGAGGAACCGUACUUUGACAGGACGCUUAGGUUCGCCUUCCAGCGCGUGGAUGGGCCCGCGAGCUAGUUUCUAUUCUGGUCGAGGCUAGUGGGGCUCUCCAGUUUGGCCUUCGGGUCAAUCUUUGAGCGCCCUGCAAAUCACGCAUAUUGCAUCUCCGGCAAAACUGAGCCGUCACGCAGCGCUCCUAUAACGCCUUGCUCGGAAGCGGCCGCCUUGAGCUGCUCGCACACGUCGCAAGGCAAGCACAGAGCAAAAAACUGCACAGCAGCGCUCUUUGUCGAGCGAAACUCGAUGACCCUCGCGCCGCGCCACCGCAUCGCUCGCCUACGGUCCGUGACGACCCGCGCGGCCUCGUGCACGAAGCGGGCACCGCUCGCGCACCAAAAACCGAAGACGCGCGACGCGCGCACCGUGACCCGCCUGGCGCUGUCGCGGCGAGACUUGCGACGCUUGGCGCUGAACGCGGGCCGGCGCGUCGCGUCGCUCGUCUACGACGACACGACGGCGAACGACCGCCGGAGCUCGGGCCGCGCGCCGCGGCCGCGCGCGCGCUUCGACCCCGCGCUCGAGGCCGCGAAGCCCCAGUGGGACCACAAGGGCGGCAAAGGUCACGUCGACGUCCGCGCCCGCGACGACGGCGGCGACCGGCUCCAGGCCGUGAUCUGCGCCGCGCUGCCGAACAUGCCGGCGUGGCACGUCUCGAGCGUGCUCAAGGAAGACAACUCGCGGAGCCUCGUCGCGGCGGAGCGCGGCACGGGCCGCGUCGCCGGCGGCUUGGUGUUCCGCCGCACGUGGUCGAGCGACGCGGCGACGCGCUGCGACGUCGUCGAGGUGUCGUUCCUCGCCGUGGACCCGGACUUCCGCAACCGCGGCGUCGCCGCGAAGCUCGUCGCGCGCGUCAAGGCCCUCGCGGCCGCCGAGUCUGCCGCGCUGGUGACCCACGCCGACAACGGCGCCGUCGCCUACUGGCGCCGCCACGGCUUCGAGGCCGCCGCCCUCGCGCCGGCGGCCGCCAAGUGGCUCAACGACUACUCCGACUCGCAGUACAUGGUCCUCGGCGGCGGCGCCGACGACGACGACGACACCGACGACGAGACUUUAGAUGAUAUGCGGGCCGCGGCGCGCGCCGCCGCGGCCUCCUAGUUAUCACCACCACUCCCUGUAACAUUCCUUUGUGCCCGA